GGUUACCCGGGAGACGCGGGUACACAGAAACGGAUCCCGUCGGAGGCCGAGUCCUCGCCGCGGUCGCCCACUGCGCGGACUCGCGGGCUGGGCGCUGACGAGCAGCGUCGCCGCGGAGCUGGUCCCGGGCAGACAGCGGCCGCGGCGCCAUGAGUCAAAGGCAGGUGCUGCAAGUGUUCGAGCAGUACCAGAAAGCCCGGACCCAGUUCGUGCAGAUGGUGGCGGAGCUGGCGACCAGACCCCAAAACAUCGAGACUCUGCAAAACGCGGGUGUAAUGUCUUUGCUGAGGCCUCUUCUUCUGGAUGUGGUCCCAACAAUUCAACAGACUGCUGCUUUGGCUCUUGGGAGACUGGCCAAUUAUAAUGAUGACUUAGCAGAAGCAGUUGUGAAGGGCGACAUUCUUCCACAGCUUGUUUAUUCACUGGCAGAACAGAAUCGAUUCUACAAGAAAGCAGCAGCCUUUGUGUUGCGGGCAGUUGGUAAACAUUCCCCUCAGCUGGCUCAGGCCAUUGUGGACUGCGGAGCACUGGAUACACUGGUGAUAUGCCUGGAAGAUUUCGACCCUGGAGUCAAAGAGGCUGCAGCCUGGGCACUUGGAUAUAUUGCAAGACAUAAUGCAGAACUGUCACAAGCUGUGGUAGAUGCAGGAGCUGUUCCUCUUUUAGUACUCUGUAUCCAGGAGCCAGAAAUUGCUUUGAAAAGGAUUGCUGCUUCAACCCUCAGUGAUAUUUCAAAGCAUUCUCCGGAGUUAGCACAGACAGUAGUGGAUGCAGGAGCGAUUGCUCACUUAGCCCAGAUGAUCCUCAGCCCUGAUGCUAAACUGAAGCGUCAAAUCCUUUCAGCUCUCAGCCAGAUUGCAAAACAUUCUGUGGAUCUGGCAGAAAUGGUUGUUGAAGCAGAGAUUUUUCCAGUUGUACUUACCUGUCUGAAGGACAAAGAUGACUAUGUGAAGAAAAAUGCUUCUACUUUAAUUAGAGAGAUUGCAAAACAUACACCAGAGCUUGCACAGCUGAUAGUUAACUCAGGAGGUGUAGCUGCUGUGAUUGAUUGUGUUGGGUCCUGCAAGGGAAAUAUAAGGCUGCCUGGCAUCAUGAUGCUCGGUUAUGUGGCAGCUCAUUCUGAAAAUCUAGCAAUGGCAGUGAUCAUUUCCAAGGGUGUACCCCAGUUGUCAGUCUGCCUGUCAGAAGAACCAGAAGAUCAUAUUAAGGCUGCUGCUGCUUGGGCCUUAGGACAGAUUGGGAGACACACUCCCGAACAUGCACGGGCUGUCGCCGUCACAAAUACUUUGCCAGUUCUUCUUUCUUUGUACAUGUCACCCGAGAGUUCUGAGGAUCUACAAGUGAAAAGCAAAAAAGCCAUUAAAAGUAUCCUACAAAAAUGCACCUACCUACCAGCCCUUGAACCAUUUCUGUACGAUGCUCCUCCCAAUAUUCUGAAGCAUGUGGUUGGACAGUUCAGUAAGGUGCUACCACAUGAUAGCAAAGCUCGAAGACUUUUUGUAACAAGUGGUGGACUAAAAAAGGUUCAAGAGAUAAAAGCAGAACCUGGUUCUCUCCUUCAAGAAUAUAUCAACAGUAUUAACAGUUGUUACCCAGAGGAAAUUGUGAGGUACUAUUCCCCUGGAUAUUCAGAGACACUUCUGCAGAGAGUGGACAGCUAUCAACCACUUAUCAACUAAACAAAGUUAUAUAUUAAUACUCAAAUUCACAGCAGAGAAUUUGUGAUUACUGUUAUAAUUGUUAAAGUUCUUUAUAAAUAUUCAAACUUAA